AUGGAAAGCUCACCCUUGUCGAAGCAGAUGCUGAUGUCUGCGGACACAGACAAGAUUAGCCUUCUACACUCCACAGCCAGAUAUGCUUCACCCGUAGUAACUACUGAUUCACCAUGUUACAAGCACGGGAGUUCGGGGUGUGGAACAGAUACUGCACCAUCCGGAGGGAAUAUAAGUCUUCUUGGUCCCUUCAUUAACAGGCGAAUCCGCAAGAAACUAUGCAUAAAAAGAUUGACCAGCUGGGGAUGGAGAGCCUUUUCCAGUUCCUGCUUCUCUUCCUCAGGCUCUCUCCUCCCUCUUGCUCACACGCGGAAGUAUAUAGGCUACACCCCCAUACUCUCUCCAACACGCACAGUCUCCACCAAAUCGCAAACGAGCACUUACCGACCCUAUAAUGCCAUCGCCCUCGAUCCACCAAAAUCACCCUCCACAAGCCAUCAUAUACCACCCUCAUCAUGCUCCCGAACGUACUAUGGCACCAGCCUGGGGCUCGAAUCCAUCGCGCAAUCUCCCCUAGUCAACUACGCGGAUGAUAACAUGGGAGCAGAUGAAUGA